AUGACUAUAAAAUACUCUCCCUCAGAUCGAAUUAUUGUCACAUCCACUCCAUCACAUAGUCAGUCAGUUGAAUCACUCAUUUCAACUUCAAAUACUCCAACUCUUUUGAAUUCAGAUAAUAAUUAUGAAACAUUUUCCAAUACCAAUUCAUAUGAUGAGACUGAUUCAGAUAAUGGGGGAGCCACACUUACUGCAAAUUCAACAUUAUCACGUUGUCAUUUAAGAGUAAAAAAUGAUGUUUGCUUUCCUAUGAUGGAAGCACAAUCCAAAAAAGGAUUGGAUUAUGAAGCACUUGAAGAUUAUAUUACUGAUGAAAAUGAAAAACUUCAAAAAGAACAAAGGAGACGACAGAGAAGAUUAAGUGAACCCCCUCCGGUUUUUGCUGCAUCCCAAAAGAGAUCACCGAGGUCAAGUAGAUUAAAUUAUAAUUAUUAUGAUGAAUUUGAAAACAAGCAUCCACCACCUGAUUCGGUAUAUCGAUUCACUUUUUAUUCAACAGCAACAAAUACAGUACAUGCUCGAUCAUUAGCAGAAAUUCCACCUUCAGGAUCAACUCUUUCAGAAAUGUUGAAAGCUGGAUUUGAAGAUAUUGAAACAGAGGAAACUAGAGAAAAAUGUGAAGUAUUUAAAGAAUAUUAUUUCAUCUGUUUUCGAUCUUUCGAUCAAGAUCAUUAUUCUCCAACAUACUUACAACCAUUUCAUUUUCGACCAACGUCACAUCCUUCAAACGUGAGACGUCGUAUAAAACAAUUAAAAGAUUAUAUUACCGUCACACCUGAUUGGAUCAAUUACGCACUUAUUGAUGAUAUCACAGAUUCAUUCGCUCCACUCAUUCGUACAAUUGAGUUUGAAGUUGACUCAAUUGAUGAAUUGGUUUUAAUCCUAAAGGAAUCGGAACAAACUGAUAUGUUACGUCGAAUUGGUCAUUGUAGAAAGAAAGUUUUGGGUUUAUUAAGAUUAUUAGGAAGUAAAGCUGACGUAAUGAAAGGAUUAGUUAAAAGAUGUAAUGAACUUCGAUGGGAUGUAGUCAUUAGUAAUGAAAUAAUUUUAUAUUUAGGUGAUAUUCAAGCUCAAAUAUCUAUUGAAAUGACUCAAGCCAAUAAUCAAAUAAAUGAUAUUUUAUCUCGUCUUACUGCUUUAGGAACAAUAUUAAUUCCCAUGAAUCUCGUUACAGGAUUGUGGGGUAUGAAUGUUCAAGUUCCAGGACAGAAUGAGGAAGGUUUGAAUUGGUUUUUCUCUAUAUUGGCAGGAUUAAUGAUCUUUGCCGUUGUAGGAGUUGUAACGGCGCAUCGAACAGGAAUAAAUUCCUCUUCAUCAUAA